CCAAGGAACCGGCGCCAUCGCUGGACGCGUUCCCGCCCUGCUCUGCGAGUGCCCUCAGUUGUCCUCAGUUCCGCAGCCAGAUAUGUCUUUGUAGGACCCCACUCCUAGAGAGGGAAACAAAGAGGAGGAUAUAAUGGCUGCUGUGCUUUCUUCAGUUGGACCUCUGAGUCCUGAAGUUUCCCACCCAGAUGAAGAUCUUCAUUUUCGAGUAGAAGAACCAGAAUUGGUAAAGGAUUCUGUGACAUUUAAAGAUGUUGCUAUAGACUUCACAUUGGAAGAGUGGAGGUUGAUGGAUCCUAUACAGAGGGACCUGCACAAGGAUGUGAUGCUAGAGAAUUACAGGAACCUUGUCUCCUUGGGGCUUGCAGUUUCCAAACCAGAUAUGAUAUCUCAUUUGGAGGAUGGAAAAGGACCAUGGGUGGUAGUGAGAGAAAUUUCAAGAACCUCCUAUCCAGAGUUGGAGGUCAAGCUAGCAACCAAGAAUGCUAUACUAACAGAAGAUAACUCUGAAGUUUUAUCACAGGAGACUAUAGUGGAUAAACUCACAGAGAAUGGUCUAUGGGACUCCAGAAUGGGAGGAUUAUGGAAAUGGAAUGAUAGAAUAUUAAGACUGCAAAAUAGUCAGGAGAGCCAAAGAAUAGUUACACAUAAGAAGAUGCCCACUGGUCAAAGAGGCAUUAGAUUAGGGUCUAUGUUUUGUCCAGAACCGGAAGUUAUCAUAGAAGAACUCCACAGCAAAUGCCAAACACAUGUGGGAAAUUUCACAGAGAAUUUAGGUUUGAAUACAGAUACUCAUUUUGGGAAGAAAAAUUGCAAGGAUACAGAAGGCCGCAAAGACAUAAGACCAACCUCAGAACUUACUUUAGGGAACAAACUCAAUGAUAAAGAAAAACCCUAUAAAUGUAGUACAUGUGAAAAGGCCUUUCGAUAUAGGUCAUUACUCAUUCAACAUCAGCGAACUCACACUAAAGAAAAACCUUAUGAAUGUAAUGAAUGUGGGAAAAUGUUUAGCCAGCCUUCAUAUCUUAGUCAACAUAAAAAAAUUCACACUGGAGAAAAACCCUAUAAGUGUAACGAAUGUGGAAAGGCCUUUAUUGCUUCUUCAUCACUUAUGGUACAUCAGCGAAUUCAUACUAAGGAGAAACCUUAUCAAUGUAAUGUCUGUGGAAAAUCCUUUAGUCAGUGUGCACGCCUUAAUCAGCACCAGAGAAUUCAAACUGGAGAGAAGCCCUAUAAAUGUAGUGAAUGUGGGAAAGCUUUUAGUGAUAAAUCAAAACUUGCACGACAUCAAGAAACUCAUAACGGAGAAAAACCCUACAAAUGUAAUGAUUGUGGGAAAACUUUUAGGAAUAAGUCAUAUCUUAGUGUACAUCAGAAAACCCAUACUGAAGAGAAACCAUAUAAAUGCAAUGAGUGCGGGAAAGCCUUCAAGAAUACUACAAUUUUCAAUGUUCAUCAGAGAAUUCAUACUGGAGAGAAACCCUUCAGAUGUAAUGACUGUGGAAAAGCCUAUAGAAGUAAUUCAAGCCUUAUUGUACAUAUAAGAACUCAUACUGGUGAAAAACCCUAUGAAUGUAAUGAAUGUGGGAAGGCAUUCAAUCGUAUAGCAAAUUUCACAGAGCAUCAGAGAAUUCAUACAGGAGAAAAACCUUAUAAAUGUAAUGAAUGUGGGAAAGCAUUCAUUAAUUAUUCAUGCCUUACAGUACACCAUAGAAUGCAUACAGGAGAGAAACCUUAUAAGUGUAGUGAAUGUGGAAAGGCCUUCAUGCGUUCUUCUUCUCUAAUUAUACAUCAGCGAAUUCAUACUGAAGAGAAACCUUAUCUAUGUAAUGAAUGUGGGGAAUCUUUCCGAAUAAAAUCACACUUAACUGUACAUCAGAGGAUUCAUACUGGAGAGAAACCAUAUAAGUGUACUGACUGCGAGAAGGCAUUCACCAAAAUGGUAAAUCUCAAGGAGCAUCAGAAAAUUCAUACUGGCUUGAAACCCUAUAAAUGCUGUGAUUGUGGAAAAUCCUUCAGGACCAAGUCAUACCUUAUUGUACAUCAAAGGACCCAUACUGGAGAAAAACCAUAUAAAUGUAAUGAAUGUGAGAAAGCUUUUACAAAUACAUCACAGCUUACUGUGCAUCAAAGAAGGCAUACUGGAGAAAAACCCUACAAAUGUAAUGAAUGUGGGAAGGUUUUUACAAGUAACUCAGGAUUUAAUACCCAUCAGAGAACACAUACUGGAGAGAAACCAUUUAAAUGUAAUGACUGUGGGAAAGCAUUCAGCCAGAUGGUACAUGUCACAGAACAUCAGAAAAUCCAUAGUGGAGAGAAACCCUAUAAAUGUGAUGUCUGUGGAAAAGCCUUCAGGAGGGGUUCAUACCUUACAGUGCAUUGGAGAACACAUACUGGAGAAAAACCUUAUACAUGUAAAGAAUGUGGAAAAGGUUGUAUUACUCUAUCACAGCUAACUCUACAUCAGAGAAUUCAUACUGGAGAAAGGCCCUAUAAAUGUGAAGAAUGUGGAAAAGCUUUCAGAACUAACUCAGACUUUACUGUACAUCUGAGGAUGCAUACUGGAGAAAAACCCUAUAAAUGUAAUGAAUGUGGAAAAACUUUUAGGAGUAGCUCAAGCCUUACUGUACAUCAAAGAAUACAUCAGAGAGAAACUCAGCUAAUAUAAAUAAUAAUAAAUCAUUCAUCCAGAUGUCUACUCACCAAGAAUAAUCAUAAUCUGUAUAUUUAAUGAAUGUGUGACUUUCAGAAUCAAUUUGCCAGGAA